UGAUUGUUUGAAUUUAUUUUGUUUUUUUCAAUAUUGUCAAUUUGGCGAAUACGUUUUUCGGUGUAUAACAAAAGGGAUCAUUUUCUUCCUCCAGCGAAUAGGACUUUAAUCAUCGAAUUCCUACGAAAUUAAAAAAAAAUCAAAAUGAAAUAUAAAGUAACAAAAAUCACACAAACCAACGAACACGAAUAAUGCAUUAAACAAGAAAAGAAAAGAAAUAAAAAGAAAACACGAUUCCCAAAUUCCCGAAAACCGUCCGGGUCCCUGGCUCUCGGGAGGAAGGUCAGCUGAGCGACAACAACAACACUCGGGCGACGUCGCGGAGGGAAAAAAGCAUCCUCUAGUAGAAAAUGGCAUCAGGUUAUUCACGCCUUGGAGGAGACGAUGCGAGUGGAGGAAGACGAGGAGGGCGAGGAGGUGGCCAGAGAUCAUAUGGCACUAAUGACCCGGACGUGGGAUUUGCCCCCAGCGAAGGCAACUCUACAGAAUUCUUCCAGGUUUGUGAUAAAAUUACAACUCAUCUUUUUACAAUCAAUGGUGCUGUGACAACUCUGGAGCGUUCCUUGAAACAAGUGGGAACAAGUGGCGACAACCAAGCACUUAGAGACAGAAUCACAAAGACAAACAGCAAUGCUGGAGGCUCAGUGCAAGACGUUGCCACACUUCUGCGGACUCUCCAACCCUUAAUGCGUGGCAACAAGCAGAGGCGCAUCCAGACUGAGAGACUACAGAAUGAGUUCCAAACUGCAGCAACACGCUUCUCAGAAAUUCAAAAGAAAAUGGUCAACACACUCAGAACAGCACGGUUGCCGGCUGACAUGGUGGCUAUGGAGCAAGAUGCAGCCGCAGCUACGACAGAAGAGAUGAUUGCCAGAGAGCAGAAGAGACAAGCGCAAUUGAAGGAAAUAGAGGACUUGGAAUUUGAAACGGCAAUGCAGUCUGAGCGGGAGGAACGAAUGCGUGCAAUUGAAGUUGACAUUAUUGACAUUAACGAAAUCAUGCGUGACCUGUCAUCCAUGGUCACAGCACAAGGCGAGGUUAUUGACUCAAUCGAGGAUAAUGUCGAGACAGCUCAUGGAAACGUGGAAGAGGGACGAGAGCAGUUACUGAAGGCUUCCACUUACCAGAGCAAGUACCGUCGCAGAGUCUGCAUCCUCAUCCUCAUCCUGAUCAUCAUCCUGGCAAUUGUUGGCAUCAUAAUUGGCAUCCACUUUGCAACCAAGAAUUAGCAGCUGACUGGGUGCUAGAGUGACUUUUUUAUUGAUUUGUCACAAAGUCAACAGGUUGAUGGAGUCUCUGUCGACCAGGAUACAUUCCAUUUGCAGAUACAAGUAAAUUUAUUUGUUAUAUAUAUAUGUUUUUGUAUUUUUUUUUUUUCAUUUAUAUAUAUACAUCCCAGAGAUGCUAUCUAUAGAGUUCUAGUCACAAUCUUAGACAAACUGAAACAAAAUCUGUAAUCUUAAUUUUCACAAAUUAAACUAAUAUUGCCUAAUUGAUUAUGAGUAUUGUUAUAAAUAGCUUAUGAUUAUAUUUGGAACCCAAGGCUCCUCAAAACCUUAUCUAGCUUUUUUUUCUGCGGGGACAGAAUUAGGAUAUAGUGCAAAUGAUUGCAACUGGCAUGAAUGAGAAUGCAUAUCUCUCUUGUAAUUAGAAGUGCAGAUCAUCAUUUUCUAUGGUAUGUUGUUCUCUUCAAUGCAUAAUGGGAGUUUGCAUUAGAAUCAGUGAAAAGUGCAUAUUUGUAUGUGAACCUUAUUAUUCAAAUGUGUGUCUUGUCUCAGGUUAAACCUUUUGUUUUUCAUCUUUCUCUUUGUUUAUUUGUAUACAUGUGUUGUGCAAAUGCAUAGAGGAGUAUAUUUGUGUGUCUGUGUGCCUAUGCAUGUCUAUGUUCUUGUUUGUUAGUGUUUUUGUUUCAUAAUUAUUAUAUAUUAUUGUUUUUUUUUUUUGUCAGAGCCCAGAUUUUCAAAGGUCCUUCUGGUCCCAGUAUUAUGUAAUGCUUGGUUUUAGCUCAUUAAUAUUAAAGUCUGUAAGUUGCCAGGAUUGACCGUUUCAUUGCAGUAUUUUCUUGUAUAUAUAUGAGCUGUGAAAAGGGGAGGUUGAUUAAACUUAAGACAUCUCUAGAAUUAUUUUUUUGUUACUUGAAAAUAGAAAAGUAUCUGUAUCUGUUAUUAUUAUUUUUCAAUUAUCAUUAUUGUCAUUAGUUGUGGUAGUAUUAGUAUUUUUUUUUUAGUUUAGGGUAAAAGUGUUUUUGGUGCUUCAAUUUGAUUUGUAUUAUGAUUUUUUUGAGAAAUCCCAAGUUUUAUGAUAGUGUAAAACUGGUGCACGUUAACAACCUCUUUUUUUUCUCUUUUUUUUUUUUUUUGCCUAAUAUAUUACUUUCUACAUAUUUAUAUAGCAGUAGAUUAAGACACAUUUUGAGCUAUUUCAGUGUAAGUUAGGGUACAGAUGGGCAUGUUACCAACAAUAGCUAUAAUAUUUAUAAGAGUUUGAUACCUUUUUCAUUGCAUUGUACAAAUGUCAUGUUUUAUACUUUACUUAACAACCAAAUUUAUUAUUAUUUUUUCCCUUUAUGUUUGUUGAAUCUUAUUUUCCUUUUUUAUUUGUUUAUCUGUACUUUUUACCAAUUCUGCUUAAAAGAGGCAGAUGUCCCCACAGUAAACACUGCUUUAUAUUGUAAUAAAUAAUGAUUAUGAACAUG